AUGGAGUCUCUCGAGGAGCUACAAACUCGCCAUCGCAAAGAGCAGAAAGAUUUGCAGGCAAGAAUUACACAGAAAAAAAAAGGGGCAACGAAGAAAACUCGAAAGGGUGUUAAUAGCGAAUGCGAAGAUCUUGAGAGACAGCUGAAGGAACGACAAGAAAUAGAACGAGGCACAUUGAAUGGCAAUACCACCGCUGAACAAGUCGAAGAUUCCGAGUCAGACGAUUCUGCGAACGAUGUCGCACCUCCGGAAGCUGCAGAAGGGAUCAAAGGCGUCACCAAUACCCUCGAAAAGUCUUCGAUUUCAGAACCUGCUUCGGAAAAUGGCCAGCCCAAGAAACGAAAUCGAGCAAAGGAACGACUGGCAAAACGCGCUGCAGAACAAGAAGCCGCAGUAGCAGAAGCAAAAGAGGAGGCUAAAAGCCAGCCAGAUCCAAAAGCAAUCGAACGAAAACAGAUGCUCGAAGAACUCAGUGCGAAAGGCUUAGUGGAAAAGACGAUACGACCAGAUGGGCAUUGCUUGUUCUCCGCCGUCGCGGAUCAGCUGUCACAGGUCGGCAUAUCACUUGAUUCGGAUAGAGAGGCAGAUUUGAAAGAAGACCAGCGUUAUAAGGUUGUCAGAAAGGCUGCCGCAAAGUAUAUUGAGGGACAUCCAGACGAUUUUGCUGGGUUUUUGGAUGAGCCACUGGAUCAAUAUGUCACCAAGAUUCGAGACACAGCGGAGUGGGGUGGUCAUUUCGAAUUACUGGCUCUGGCGAAAACGUACAAUGUGGAAAUCUCAGUUCUUCAAACUGGUGGCUCUCAGGUAAUAGAACCUGGACUAGAAGGUACAUCCGAACCAGAAAAGAUUUGGUUGGCAUAUUAUCGACAUGGCUUUGGGUUGGGAGAGCACUAUAACUCUCUUCGAAAAGCUCCUUGA